UUGCAGUAACAGGCGUGCAUCUUAUAUCCAGCAGAGUAGUUGCUUACAUGUGGUUACAGGUCAGUUCAAGGGCCUUGAACGGAGGGCUGUCGGAAGGGUUGGAGUGAGGCUGCCUUGGAGGUUGUAAGUGGGGGCGUGUAGCCAGUACGGCGCAAAGUGCUGCCGCAGCGGGGUAAAACUCAGAAGAAAUGGCCCUUGAAACAGUGUUGAGAGUGGGUCAGGGCAUCAUCCAUCAGAGCAGCCUGGUUUCUUCUGCAUCACAUGUCUUGUCAAAUGUACAUAGAGUUUGUGCUGUUGCAAGCAUAAGAUGGUACAAGAAGAUCCAGGCUCCACCAAAGCCUCUGCCUUCCAAACUUCAAGACUGGAGGCGAGAACACCAGCAGCCGGUGAACCCGACGGCGCGUGGUGUGCUGACGGACGGCCCGGACUACAGCUACCCGGACGGUCGGCCGGUGCAGGCAGGCACGCACCAGGUGCGCCGCGCCACCCAGCACCGGCAGCUCAUGGAGCGGAUCGUGCAGCUGACUGCAGAGGUGGACCUUGCGGAGCGCCUUCACGCCGAGCGGACCCGCCAGGCACAAGAGCACGAGCAGCACCUGAUGAGGAGGCGACUCAAGGCCAAGGCCACGGAAACGCUCGACGCCAAGUGACGCUGCCGGUUCGCGUAGUGUUCGUCUGGUGUUUGGCUCUCUGGCUUGCCCGCGGUGUGAUGCGAGUGCGUGAUGCGGAUGCGGAUGCGGAGGAGAAUAAAUGUGACUCGGAAGGGAUCGCUCUGGUCUGAUAUGAUCAGCUUAACUGGCGCUGGUAAUGGGAGCUCAGAACCGCAACGUUAAGGACUAUGUU